AUGUUGGAAGCGACCAGCAGUCUCUUUGAAGAAAUUAACCUGCAGCAGUACCACGAGUACGGCCUAGCCAUAACGAACCGCAUGACAAGUGAGUCCAUCAAAUUGCACUCGGCACCAAUGUUAACGCAUCUUCAGUUCGUCCCCAAUCGUCACCUACGUACGCUGUACAUCGUCAAUAGUGCUGUGGGACGUAUCCCUGAGACGAUAGCCAACCUGCCGAACCUUCAAACGCUGGGCAUCGAGAAGGCCUAUAUAAGGGUGCUAGACUUAGGCGUAGUGUGUGCUCUUCGCAAACUGAAAACAUUGCAGGUGAACAAAAAUCGUAUCAGUUUGGUGCUUCCGGCACACGGGUCUAGCUGUGACAGUCCGCUUCGGGAUAUAUUUCUCGAUGACAAUCAUCUUACGACGCUAGAUAUGACAGUACUUGCACCAUUCGUAGCGAUGGAUCGUUUGUUUCUUAAAAAUAAUCGCAUGAAAUCGAUCGUCUGCUCGAAUGCCACGAGCUUUCCACUUCUUACUCUAAUAGUGUUAGGGCCGGGAAACAAUGUGUCGUGGAUCGAUUUCGAACAGCUGUACUUGCCUGCCUCGCUCACUCUAGACUUGAAGAACAAUCACAUUAAGCGACUACCGCUCCUGAACCACAACAAGAUACCCGGUUUGGCACGGGUUAUGUUGGAUGGGAACCAGCUAAGCACGGUCGAUCUAGCUCAGUUCCACAGCCACCAAUAUGUCGACGCCUUCCAUUUUUCCCAUAACCAACUAUAUUCCGCAUCCUGCAGACAGUACGUUCGUUUGCCACUAGUAGCGUGUUUGGACCUCUCCGCAAACAUGCUUGAAACUAUUUCGUUGGAAAACUGCAACUUUCCCAAUCUAACAGCCAUAGCGUUGAACAAGAACCGGAUCCAGUAUGUACCGGCGGAUAUCUACAUUGGUGGUGUGGCGCCUAGCUGUAUGAUAAGCAUAAGAAAAAAUCCCAUACGAUGUGCUUCGCUGCAGAAGCAUGCCAAACUGCUGAUCAUACCAACAUACCGUCCAAAGCUGUUGGUUACAACAGCAGCAAGGUGUGUAGAUGCGAACUUCACGGGACAGGUUGAAAUGAUCAAACCAAAUUAUGCAUGCUGCGUAGAGUGA